AUGCCUGAUGAGUUCCUUGCCACGAAACCCACCCCGCUCUGGCUCACUCUCUACCACCUAGUCACGCGCCUCCCUGACACUCUGCGCUCAGUCAGGGACCACUUCCUUGCUCGCUGCCCCACUGAGCUCACCAUUGCCCUCCUCGAGAAGGAACUCCUUGCAACUGAGGCUAGCAUAGUCGCUGUAGGUGCCUCUCGUGGUGACCCCCGUACCCCGUUCUUUGAGGGGUGUUCUCCCUCCCCCUUCUUCCCUCUGUCGCCUCUGCUGCUGCUGUCGACCUCCUUGGUGCUGAGAAGGUCGGGACUGCGUCUGCUUCGAGCGGGCGCCGCAGCGGCAAGGGCAAAGGGGCAAGGGCGGUGGGUGGUGACAGGGGGGGUGGCAAUGGUGGGGGAGGUGGUGGUGGCGGGGGUGGUGGCGCGGGUGGGGGAGGUGGCAGCGGGGGGGGAGGGGGGUGGCGGCAGCGGCGGGGGAGGUGGCCGGGGCGGAGGAGGUGGUGGUCGGGGUGGCAGUGGACGAGGCAGCGGCCGGGGUUGGGGUGGUCGAGGAGGUGGUAGCGGCGGUGGUGGUCGUGGAGGCACUGGGGGUGGCCAGGGCCGCAGCACACUCCGUCGCCCCAGGAGGUCCGUGAGUGGGGUGAUUGAUAUCUAUGCUCUAGACUUUGAUACUAUUCUCACUGCCAUGUAUGUGAUGUCUACUAGUGGAGAGGGUGCUGAGUACAUGAGUGUCCCGCCCGACCCGGGCAUUAGGACUAGUGUUCCGCCACUUCAG